AUGAAAGUCGAUGAAGGCACGCGCCCGCAGUACGUUGGGGACUCUGAAGAGGAGAAACCAACAUCGUUACGAUCGGCACGAAUCUUGUUGCUAACUGCGCACCCAGACGACGAGGCAUUCUUCUUCGGACCCACUAUUGUAUCUCUAGCCUCCCAGCUGAGGGGUGAUAGUAGCGCCGGGGAGCUGUAUUCUUUGUGUCUCUCUACUGGCGAUGCAGAUGGGCUCGGGGACAUCAGAAAGGGAGAGCUUGUACGCAGCCUCGACGCAUUGGGUAUUGCAGAGGGAAGGCGAUGGCUUUUAGAUAAAGAAGGAUUGAAGGACAAUUUUACUACAACAUGGGAUGCAAAUCUCAUAGCAGACGUUGUAAGGCCCUACGUCAUUGAACAUCGGAUCUCGACUAUCCUGACGUUCGACCAUCGAGGCAUAUCUUAUCAUCCAAAUCACAGGUCUCUUUUCCAUGGCGUAGCUCACCUGCUUUCCACGAUCCCGGACCCUCCAAAAGCCUAUGCCCUCAUCUCACUUCCCACACUCGCCAAAUAUUUUGGCGUAGUCGCGCCCCUCCUCGCAAAGCUAGACAUCGCCUUCGCCCACGCAGUCUCUUACUUUGGAUACCCCUCCUCUGAUAUUCCCGUUUUUGUCGCGGGUGCUAAGGACUAUCUGACCGCCGCCCGCGCGUUGCGGCAGCAUAAAUCUCAGAUGAUAUGGUUUAGAUGGCUUUAUUUAGUUUUCUCGCGGUAUAUGUGGGUAAACGAGUGGGUAGAAAUACUGGCAGCAGUCACUCAAUGA